UGUAACCCGCCAAGAAACGAACACAAGAAGAAGAACGCGUCAUCGCAGCUUCCGGUGUAGCAAUGGCCGCUCAUGCGAGUGAACUAGAGAUCGCCAAGAAGAAUUUAACCGAUGCUAUCGGAGAUAAUGUCAAACAUUACUGGGCCAAUCUGAAGCUGUGGUUCAAGCAGAAGAUCAGCAAGGAAGAGUUUGAUACAGAGGCCCGGCGCCUGCUGGCCCAGGACCACGUCCAUGUGCACAAUGACUUCCUCCUGGCCAUUCUGACCCGCUGCCAGAUCAUCGUCUCCACCUCAGAGGGCGCGGGUGCGCUGCAGUGGACCGGCGGAUCCGCAUCUAAACCAGGCAAACCCAACCGAGGCAAGAAGAAGUUUCCCUCCGUUCGGCAAAAAUUCGAUCACCGCUUCCAGCCCCAGAACCCCCUGCAGGCUGCACAGGCCUUCAGCCCUCGGGAGGCGGAGGACGAGGAGCUACGGCUCAGCGCACAGACGCUGCUGCUGCCCACCAGAGGACAGAUGGAGGCGCGCAUGAUGGUCAGCGCCUUCGAGAUGGGCCUGGACAACGUGAGCGAGGACGCCGUCAGUAGCCUGCUGUGUGCUCUGGAGGUUCAUCUGAAGGAUAUCCUCACAGCGCUGGUCUCGCGGAGGAAAGGCUACCGCCUGCGCGACGGACACUUCCAGUACGCGUUCGGCAGUGACGUGACGCCGCGGCCGUAUCUGAAGAACAGUCUGGCGGCCUACCUCAGCGUCACAGAGCGGCCUCCCCCGAGCGCAUCACUUCCUGCCGGGCCUCCUCCUCAGGUGUCACCUGACGAUGCGGAGCAACAGGCCGCUCUCCUGCUGGCGUGUUCAGGAGACCGUGUCCCGCCUCCACUGCCGCCCAUCAGCGGAUACGACCUGCUGGAAGCCCUGCAGGUCCAGCGCAGGGUGAUGCCGUCUCACAGCAUGUACGCGCUCAACAUGGAGCGGAUCCUGACCCGACUCUGGCAUCCCAGUCACGAGGAGCUGGAGCAGGACCACAUCCACCGCCAGCACCUCACCAUGCUCAGCUGAGACGUGUGUGUGUGUGUGUGUGUGUGUGUGUGUGUGUGUGUGUGUG